AUGGAUGAAGUGUUUCCAUGGAUGAAGUGUUCCCAUGGACGAAGUGUUCCCAUCGACGCGGUCCCCUUCGAUGCUGCGCUUGACUUAGCUGGGGAGACGAAUGUAGAAGCACCCAAGGGGUGCCCCUUGUUCCCUUUUAACCGAGGCGAGAAAAGGAAAAUGCCGCUGGGGGUCCCUUUCAGGAAGUACCUGUUUAUUGUAUCCACGUCCUUUUUGUGCAUGGCUAUGGGGUCUUGCUGCGUCCACCUGGUGAUGAAGCCCGAGAUGAAAGAGCACGACAUUUCGAAGCACUUGCAGAAUCGGAACAGCGCCAUCCAGGAGGUGCAGCGGGAGAUCCUCCGCCGGAAGACGUCCUAG